ACAGAGGGCGGCUCUGUCCUCCGCCUCCCUGCACGUUUCUGAGAGCAGACUGGGCUAGCCAUUCAUCCAGCGUUUGCUGAAAGUGCAGCAUUCCCUUCGUAGCCCUCGGAGAGCAGCGAUGUUUUCCUGCAGAGCGGCCUGGCAGAGGUGUGGGCCUUUGGCACGGAGAGCAGCCUACAGGUUGCCCCGGGAUGCUGUGCAGCAGCGGCAGAUGUCGUCGGUCCCCGGUGGCCCUGGGGUGGAGAACAUCGUCUACAGCCUGCUGUGUGGAGGAGCCCUUGUGGCCUCUGUGUCGUAUACGUACAGCACCUUGUCCUCAGACCACUCCAGGUUCAAUGAACGUGUUGAAGAAAUCAAGGCCAGACCCAAGGCGGAGUGGGUCCCCAAACCGUGGCCACCUAAGAGUCAGGAUGAAGAAGAGGGUGGCGAGGAGGAGGCGGUAGAGGCUGCAGCCGAGGAGGCCAGUGAAGAGGCCGAGGCUGCUGAGGUGGAGGAGGUGGCUGCAGCCGCCGACGGCGAGGAGGGGACUGUAGUCGAGGCGGUUGAGGAGGCGGUUUCUGAGGCUGCCGAGGUAGUCGCAGAGGCCGCUGAGGUUGUUGAAGAGGUGGCUGAGGUCGUCGUGGAGGCUGCGCAGGAAGUGGAGGCGGUUGCGGAGGAAGUGGCCGACGCAGCCAAAGCUGUCAAGGAGACCGCCGAGGCUGUCGCAGAACCUGAGGCUGUCGCAGAACCAGCCGCGGUCGCCGAGGAACCAGAAAGCAACGUGCUGCUGGCAGCUGCUUCUACUCUAGAGUUGCCGAAGAUAGCCGAAGCAAAAGAAGACUUGGCACCAGCUGUCCCAGAAGAAGUUGCACCAGUAGUAGAGGAUGCUGCUGCACCAGUGGAAAUUGCCCCAGUUGCUGAAGAGGCUCCUGCACUGGUAGAGGUUGCACCAGUUGCUGAAGAGGCUCCUGCACCGGUAGAGGUUGCACCAGUUGCUGAAGAGGCUCCUGCACCAGUAGAAGAGGCUCCUGCACCAGUAGAGGUUGCACCAGUAGAAGAGGCUCCUGCACCAGUAGAAGAGACCCCUGCACCAGUAGAAGAGACCCCUGCACCAGUAGAAGAGACCCCUGCACCAGUAGAAGAGGCUCCUGCACCAGUAGAGGUUGCACCAGUAGAAGAGACCCCUGCACCAGUAGAAGAGACCACUGCACCAGUAGAAGAGACCCCUGCACCAGUAGAAGAGACCCCUGCACCAGUAGAAGAGGCUCCUGCACCAGUAGAAGAGACCCCUGCACCAGUAGAAGAGACCCCUGCACCAGUUGGGGAAGCCCUUGAGGCAGCAGUAGAGCCUGAAGUCAUCUCGGCUCUAGCUGAAGAACCUGUUACCACCACAGAUGUUGAAGAGGUCUCCGUAGCCCCCCCUGUGGUGGAAGAGACUCCUUCAGCCUCUGUGGAGGCUCAGGCAGAAGCUCCUAAGAGGGAGUACAUCGUUGUGGUCCUGGAAGGUUCACCCAAGUCUGACAGCCGGCCUAAGGUUCUCGGAGUUGGUCCCAUGACUGGCAGAAUCAUCCCAGCUCCAGAUGAAGACGACGCCCCUUCUUCUGAGGGUAGGCGACGUCUUCUUAGGAUGCAAAUGCAGUAGUUCCAAUCAAGUGAACGGCUCCUGAGUGAAGACGUCGUCCUGCAGAAGAAGAGGAUGUGCCUUUCUCCAACACUUUCAUCCAUUAAAAAAACAGGCUAAGAUUCCUCUCCACUCUAGAGAUCAACUGCUGCCCGUCUCUGUGACACUCCGUCUUGACUCCGUAGUUGUUUCAGAUCUCCAGUUGAUCUUUUUUUAAAAACCUUCAAAAACUUCCCUGAUUUUCAACCUGUUUACUGCUGAGGACAAAACUGAGCCACCUGUGCAGUUACCUGUUUCUCCUUCUGUGUUUAAAAACCAAUCCAGUGGAUUUCCUCAGCACUCCUCCCCCGAUCGUGUGACAUGAACCUUCAGUGUUAUCUCUCAGAGCAGAGGGGCGCUUCUGAGCCACCAGCAAUCUUACCCAGCACCCGACCUCAGGUUUUCUUCUUCUGCUCGUCUCAGUGUGAAAACGAAGAGCUGGAAACGAUCGCUGUACUUUAGUACUUUCUGCAGAAACACCUCGAGCUCACUGCUCUUUAGCGUAGCCACGUAGCUACCUCAGUUUUCCUCGUGUUUUCAGUCUAAAUGACCCGACAGACCUCUUCUUGAUGCUAUAACCGUGUUACAGACUUCAAUAUGCACAUACCGGUAGAUAUUUUUAAAACCUUUAAAGCAUGUUUCUAUUUUUGGCCUCUCUAAGUUUAUGUUACAGACGCUUGUGAAUGUGAAACACGCUUCAGAGAGAGCUGUGCAUCAUCUCCAUUCUCAGUGUUUAGUUACCUUCUCAGGCCAGUUUCCUCUCCACUCUCAACAUGAAGUCAGUUAUGGUCAAACUUAUGAAACUCUUUCCUCGACUACAUUCAUCGAUGUUCACUAAGGAAGGAGCGUGAAGCUCUUUAUCACUCUUUAUUUAAAUCUGUACAUUUCAGUGUCAUGGUUCAGGGAGGAUGGCUCGAUGUUCUUCCUCUCAAAUAGCUCUUCUUGCUUUUUCUUCUGUCAGUCACACCUGUGUGGACGUCUAGCUGAAAGGCUUGCAGGAAGUAGGACGCGUGGUGACACUGAUGUGAUGUGACAUGUGUGUUUGGAGGUGUUGCAGUAUGUCUGAAGACUCCAGUGUGAGGCGCUCGUCCUCUCUUCCCUUGUCUCCUCUCUCAGUGUUCAUCAUCUCCACUGUCUCUCUCCUGUCUUUGUCAGCUUGGCGUACAGACUUGAGAUCACAAGAGGGAGCGACUGAAGCGGAGUGUUGGAAUGUAUUUUAGAAAAGGGGAUUGAGAUUGAGACAAUGACACUCUGUUUGUUUCCUCGGUGCUCCCGGGCAGGUUUCUGUUAGAGGAUGUGAGUGAAUGAGCUUUGACUGGACAAAGAUCAGGAACUGUGACUGUUUCACACUUUACUGUUUUACCUGUUUUUGCAAAAUAAAAAAGGGAUUAAAUGUGA